AUAGUAGCAUGGCAGCUAGCUGCUACGCAUGUAAAUAACAUAUGAGCAGCAGGUGGCCAAUGUGCGUACACAUUUCUCUUGAAUACUUUCAACGUUGUUGCUUCGAUAGCGGCCUGUAUCAAACGUAGGUCAGUGUACUCCCUUGUUUUAAUUAUUAUCGCAGAUUUAUAUUUGAUCAUGUAAUUGCAACGGCAUGUCUCAGCACAAAUCAGAAACUCAUUCCUUACGUUUCGGCCAAGUGGUGAUCGGACCGCCAGGUUCGGGUAAAACCACUUAUUGUCAGGCCAUGCAGGAGUUCCUAACCCAUCUCGGGCGCAAGGUAGUUGUAGUAAACAUGGACCCGGCCAAUGAUAGACUACCCUACAAUUGUGCCGUGGAUAUCUCCGAGUUGGUCACUUUGGAUGAUGUCAUGAGCGGCAUGAAGCUGGGGCCCAAUGGCGGGCUCCUCUACUGCAUGGAGUAUGUGGAGGCCAACCUGGACUGGUUGGAAAACAAACUGAAGGAACAUCCGAACUCCUACUUCUUGUUUGACUGCCCUGGGCAGGUAGAGCUCUACACACACCAGACUUCAGUGAAAAACAUAUUCUCGCAGUUGGGAAAGUGGAAUUUCAGGCUAACAUGCGUCCAUCUUGUGGACUCACACUACUGCGCAGACCCAGCCAAGUUCAUCUCUGUACUUUGCACCUCACUGUCCACUAUGCUGCAUGUGGAGCUCCCUCAUGUCAACAUCCUCUCCAAGAUGGACCUGAUUGAGCAGUAUGGUAAACUAGCAUUCAACUUAGAUUUCUACACUGAAGUGAUGGACCUGACGUAUCUUCUCGAUCACCUGGCUGCGGAUCCCUUCUUCAAAAAAUUUCAUCACCUAAACCAAAAGCUGGCAGAGGUCGUUCAAGAUUACAGCCUUGUUUCGUUCGUGUCCCUAAAUGUUCAGGACAAAGAGAGCAUGAUGCAGGUGUUGCGGGCCGUAGACAAGGCCAAUGGCUGCUGCUUUGGAGACCUGGAGGAGAGGAAUCUUCAGGCCAUGAUGUCAGCCGCCGUGGGGGCAGACUUCCAGUUCGGCUCCACACUUGGAGUUCAAGAGCGGUACUUCGAAACUAGUGGAAAGACUGUGGAGGAAGAGAUGAUGGACCUUUGAAUCAAGGAAAUGUGUAGGGGUGCCUGAACACUACCUCUUAAGUUUACCUCAACUCAAUACUGAAUCUCCAUGAAAGCAACUCAGGCACAUGGGAAGGACAUGUCUUUUGUUUUUCUCGGAAUGAAAACACAUUCAAGAAAUUAUGUUAAAUCCGUGCACUAGGAUGGCUGAUGAGAGCGUGUCCUUUUGGAUUGUAUGCGCGCUUUCCUCCAGCGGGUGGCAGCCGCCGUGCUCCCAAACGGUUGAGUCUGGCUGCUCUCCGAGAAGCUGCUCCAGCUUUUCCCUGCAGCCAGAGCAGAAAAAAAAAUAAGUCAGGCGGGGAGAGGAAGCCACAUUAAAUCUGUGUUUCUGCACAACUGGCCCUGUGUCUGCUCUAUGGGAUGGAAGACCCUCUCUCUCUGUUCAAACUCUCUCUUUCCACCACUGCUGUUGUAAUCUCAUUUUCACACCCCCUCCUUCAAAUACUUUGACAUUUCACACACUCACCCUCUGCACAAAGUAGUAAAAAUAGUGUCAGGCAAACACUUUUUAUGCUUCAUCAAAGUGGAGCUAAAUGUAUUCCUGAAAUGACACCGCAAGGUGGUGAGCGUGGAGUUUCGUUUCCAUGCAUUGAGGGGGUGUGUCAGGCACAUUGUUAAAUUGUUCUGAUGUUUGCACAUGUGAUCAAGUAUGCCUCCUGCCAUGCCCCCACUCUUCCUUAAGCCCCCUAUCGGAUGAUGUGUGUUUUUUAUAAGGGAGAGUUGUGAAGUUAAAAAAUGAUUUUUUUAAACAAAAUAAAAAUACA